UUAAACUUGCCAGAAAGUUGCACAAAAUUAACUACAAUUCUAACUUAUCAUUCUUUGGAGAGUUACUUUUGGCGAGAUGCGCUUUCCCUUGGUAGCCACAUCAGUAAUUCUAGCUGUCCUGUGGGCUCUUGCUCUAGUACAGAGCCUUGAUUUUCAAUUUCCAAAGUUCACGCCAUCAGAUAUAAAUCGACUUAUUUUGAGUUCCAAAUCUGUUGUAGCCUUGGACGCCAUCCAAGUCACACCAGAUUCUAAUGGAGCUCCUAUGGAUAACUUAUCUGGAAGGGCCUUGUACAGAUGGCCAUUCAGACUAUGGAGCAACGGAGGGAAGAAAGCAUCUUUCAAUACAACCUUUGUAUUCAAUAUCAAAAAUCAGACAGCUUCAAGUGGUGAAGGCUUAGCUUUUAUAUUAACAGCAGAUCGUGAUGUUCCAGAUGGAAGUGAAGGACAAUGGCUUGGAAUCUUAAAUUCCACCUUAAAUGGAUCCAUCGAAGCCAGGACAGUGGCAGUAGAAUUUGACACCAGAAAAAGUUUCCCGGAUGAUCUUGAUGAUAACCAUAUUGGAUUGGAUGUGAACAGCAUCUACUCAAGAAGAUCGGUUUCGUUAAAUGACAGAGGCAUUUAUAUUUCUAAGGGCAAAAAUAUCACGGUAGUUGUUCGAUACGACGGCAAGAAUUUGACUGUUUUUGUGGGUGAGGACAUGAAGAAUCCAGUUUUUUCUGAGCAUCUCAAUCUCUCAGACUAUCUUCCAGAAAACGUUUAUGUGGGGUUUUCGGGUUCAACAAGUAACAACACUCAACUAAAUUGUGUGAGGUCAUGGGAGUUCAUCGGUUCGGAGAUAAAAGACUCCAAGUUGCGGUGGGUUUGGAUUUUAGUUGCAGUGGGAUCAGUACUAAUCCUGUUGAUUAGUAUUGGUAUCGCCCUUUUCUUGUACAGGAAAAGAGGAUGUGAAGUGGACAGGCGGGAGGAUGCUUAUCCAAAUAUUGAUGAGGCAAUCCUAGGCUCCUCAACUGCUCCGAGGAAGUACAAAUUCAAAGAACUUAGCAAAGCAACUGGUAAUUUCAACCCUAAGAACAAGCUCGGGAAAGGUGGCUUCGGGACAGUCUACAAGGGAAUCUUGGGAAACAAGGAUGUCGCUGUCAAAAGAGUCUCAAAGAAAUCAACCCAAGGUAAGCAAGAAUUCAUAGCAGAAGUCACUACAAUAGGCAACCUCCAUCACCGAAAUCUUGUUAAGUUGAUCGGAUGGUGCCAUGAAAGGCGUGAGUACCUCUUGGUUUACGAAUACUUGCCAAAUGGAAGCCUGGAUAAAUACGUAUUUUGUUAUGAAAAGCCAGGCACGCAGGAAGCAACACUGAGCUGGGAAAAAAGGCUGAGUGUGAUUUCCGGAGCGGCACAGGCAUUGGAUUAUCUGCAUAAUGGCUGCAUGAAGAGGGUACUUCACCGAGACAUAAAGGCCAGUAACAUAAUGUUGGAUUUAGAUUUCAAUGCGAAACUGGGAGAUUUCGGCUUAGCUCGCACCAUUAUUCGAAAUGAGCAAACUCACCACACAACGAAAGAGCUUGCUGGAACACCUGGCUACAUGGCUCCGGAGAGUAUUCUUACGGGAAGGGCAACGACCGAAACAGAUGUUUAUGCUUUUGGCGUUCUUGUUCUGGAAGUUGCUUGUGGAAGGAAGCCUGGAGGGCAGACUGAGCGGGAUGACUACAUUAGUAACAUUGUGCAUGGGCUAUGGGAACUUUACAGAAGGGGAACGAUCCUCGAAGGCGCAGACCCCAGAUUGGAUGGAAUAUUCAAAAAUGAAGAAAUGGAGUGUGUGCUUAUUCUGGGGUUGGCCUGCUGCCAUCCAAAUCCAAACGAUAGGCCCUCCAUGAAAACUGUUUUGCAGGUCCUUACAGGGGAAGCACCACCACCAGACGUGCCAGCUGAAAGGCCUGUUUUUAUGUGGCCGCCCAAGCCUCCAUCCUUCAAAGAAUGGGGCAACUCUAUCAUUGGAGGCGAACUCUCUCCAUUUUCAGAAAUCUCAGGGAGAUGAAUCAAAUGCCAAAGGAUCGAAGGAGAAUAUGUCGAUCAUCAGUCAGUAUGAUUUUGUUUUAGUCAGUAAUGUAGUAGUAGAUAUAUAU